UUACCAGCCCCAAUCGCCCGACUCGUUGUUUCUGAAGCAUAAGCUCCAUCUCCGCGUAUCUUAUAGUGUUUCGGAGGAAGAAGAAUUGAAAGAGAGGAACAAUGGCGGCGAAUGGAGCUCCGGCGGCUAGACAGCUUUCUCAGAAAGAGGCCGACAUCCAGAUGAUGUUGUCGGCUGAGGUCCACCUCGGUACGAAGAAUUGCGACUUUCAGAUGGAGCGUUACGUCUUCAAGAGACGCAACGACGGUAUCUACAUCAUCAACCUCGGGAAAACCUGGGAGAAACUCCAGCUUGCUGCUAGGGUUAUUGUUGGCAUUGAGAACCCACAAGACAUCAUUGUUCAGUCUGCAAGACCCUAUGGACAGAGGGCUGUCCUCAAGUUUGCCCAGUUCACCGGUGCUAAUGCAAUUGCUGGAAGGCACACUCCUGGUACCUUCACUAACCAGAUGCAGACAUCCUUCAGUGAGCCGAGGCUGUUGAUUCUUACUGACCCAAGAACUGAUCACCAGCCUAUCAAGGAAGCUGCGCUCGGUAACAUACCGACUAUCGCUUUCUGUGACACCGAUUCUCCAAUGAGAUAUGUUGACAUUGGUAUCCCUGCCAACAACAAGGGAAAGCAUAGCAUUGGUUGCCUCUUCUGGCUUUUGGCCCGUAUGGUCCUUCAGAUGCGUGGAACCAUUCGUCCAGGCCAAAAAUGGGAUGUCAUGGUUGACCUGUUCUUCUACAGGGAGCCCGAGGAGGCCAAACAACAGGAGGAGGAUGAAGCUGCUCCUCAGGCCGACUUUGGAUUGCCUGCCCCUGAUUUCGGAGUGGGUGCUAUUGGAGAUCAGUGGACCACUGCUCAGAUCCCUGAUGCUGCAUGGCCUGCUGAAGCCCAGCAACCAAUCCCUGCUGUGCCUGCCGUUGCUUCCUGGAGUGAAGCCGGUGUUCCAGUCGCCGGAGAAGGAUGGGAUGUCGCCGCACCGCCCCCAGCUGCUCCAGCAUCUACUUGGGACUAAGUUUAGCCCCUGAAAUCGGUUUUUGAUGAAAUAUGUUACCAGUGAUACACUUGUUUUUUUUGGAUGCUUGAGAUGGGAGAGUGGUCGGACCAUUAUGUUCUUUCUUUUUUCCUUUUUUGUUUCCUCUCGUAAAAACUUUCAAUUGUAGGUUGUUGCACUUUUGAUAAAGUCUCUCUUACCUUGGUUUUAUCA